CGUUCAUAAAAUGACGGACUGUUACAAUUGUGGCGACAUCUUACAAAAGCCAUCAUAACUUUUUUAUAGAAGGACGCAGUGUUCACGAAACUACUGAAGAAGGCGAAAGUCUGGUUUCUCUUGCUUGUUCUGCUGGAUAUUAUGAACUAGCGCAGGUAUUGUUAGCAAUGAACGCCAACGUUGAGGACAGAGGUUUCAAAGAAGACUGCACUUGGCUGAUGAAAGCUGCAAGUGCUGGUCGUGUUGAUAUUGUUCGUUUGCUCAUCGCUAAUGGGGCAGACGUCAAUGCACAAUCUACUUCCGGUGUUACACCAUUGAUAUACGGAUGUUCUGGUGGCCACAAGGACGUAGUUAAGGCAUUACUUGAAGCUGGUGCGAAUGUAGAUCAUCAUGAUGAAAAUGGGUAUACACCAUUGAUGAAAGCAUGUGCUAAUGGCCUCGAAGACAUAGUUAAGGCAUUACUUGAAGCUGGUGCGAAUGUAGAUCAUCAUAAUGAAAAUGGGGAUACACCAUUGAUGUACGGAUGUGUUGGUGGCCACAAGGACGUAGUUAAGGCAUUACUUGAAGCUGGUGCGAAUGUAGAUCAUCAUGAUGAAAAUGGGUAUACACCAUUGAUGUACGGAUGUGCUGGUGGCUACGAGGACGUAGUUAAGGCAUUACUUGAAGCUGGUGCGAAUGUAGAUCAUCAUAAUGAAAGUGGGUAUACACCAUUGAUGUACGGAUGUGUUGGUGGCCACAAGGACGUAGUUAAGGCAUUACUUAAAGCUGGUGCGAAUGUAGAUGGUCGUAAUGAAAAAGGGGAUACACCAUUGAUGAAAGCAUGUGCUUAUGGCCUCGAAGUCAUAGUUAAGGCAUUACUUGAAGCUGGUGCGAAUGUAGAUCAUCAUAAUGAAAAUGGGGAUACACCAUUGAUGUACGGAUGUGCUGGUGGCUACGAGGACGUAGUUAAGGCAUUACUUAAAGCUGGUGCGAAUGUAGAUGGUCGUAAUGAAAAAGGGGGUACACCAUUGAUGGGCGCAUGUGCUAAGGGCCUCGAAGACAUAGUUAAGGCAUUACUCGAAGCUGGUGCGAAUGUAGAUCAUCAUAAUGAAAGUGGGUAUACACCAUUGAUGUACGGAUGUGUUGGUGGCCACAAGGACGUAGUUAAGGCAUUACUUGAAGCUGGUGCGAAUGUAGAUGGUCGUAAUGAAAAAGGGGAUACACCAUUGAUGGGCGCAUGUGCUAAGGGCCUCGAAGACAUAGUUAAGGCAUUACUCGAAGCUGGUGCGAAUGUAGAUCAUCAUAAUGAAAGUGGGUAUACACCAUUGAUGUACGGAUGUGCUGGUGGCUACGAGGACGUAGUUAAGGCAUUACUUAAAGCUGGUGCGAAUGUAGAUGGUCGUAAUGAAAAAGGGGAUACACCAUUGAUGAAAGCAUGUGCUAAUGGCCUCGAAGACAUAGUUAAGGCAUUACUUGAAGCUGGUGCGAAUGUAGAUCAUCAUAAUGAAAAUGGGGAUACACCAUUGAUGUACGGAUGUGUUGGUGGCCACAAGGACGUAGUUAAGGCAUUACUUGAAGCUGGUGCGAAUGUAGAUCAUCAUGAUGAAAAUGGGUAUACACCAUUGAUGUACGGAUGUGCUGGUGGCUACGAGGACGUAGUUAAGGCAUUACUUGAAGCUGGUGCGAAUGUAGAUCAUCAUAAUGAAAGUGGGUAUACACCAUUGAUGUACGGAUGUGUUGGUGGCCACAAGGACGUAGUUAAGGCAUUACUUAAAGCUGGUGCGAAUGUAGAUAGUCGUAAUGAAAAAGGGGAUACACCAUUGAUGAAAGCAUGUGCUUAUGGCCUCGAAGUCAUAGUUAAGGCAUUACUUGAAGCUGGUGCGAAUGUAGAUCAUCAUAAUGAAAAUGGGGAUACACCAUUGAUGUACGGAUGUGUUGGUGGCCACAAGGACGUAGUUAAGGCAUUACUUGAAGCUGGUGCGAAUGUAGAUGGUCGUAAUGAAAAAGGGGAUACACCAUUGAUGAAAGCAUGUGCUAUUGGCCUCGAAGACGUAGUUAAGGCAUUACUCGAAGCUGGUGCGAAUGUAGAUCAUCAUAAUGAAAGUGGGUAUACACCAUUGAUGUACGGAUGUGUUGGUGGCCACAAGGACGUAGUUAAGGCAUUACUUAAAGCUGGUGCGAAUGUAGAUGGUCGUAAUGAAAAAGGGGAUACACCAUUGAUGAAAGCAUGUGCUUAUGGCCUCGAAGUCAUAGUUAAGGCAUUACUUGAAGCUGGUGCGAAUGUAGAUCAUCAUAAUGAAAAUGGGGAUACACCAUUGAUGUACGGAUGUGUUGGUGGCCACAAGGACGUAGUUAAGGCAUUACUUGAAGCUGGUGCGAAUGUAGAUCAUCAUGAUGAAAAUGGGUAUACACCAUUGAUGAAAGCAUGUGCUAAUGGCCUCGAAGACAUAGUUAAGGCAUUACUUGAAGCUGGUGCGAAUGUAGAUCAUCAUAAUGAAAAUGGGGAUACACCAUUGAUGUACGGAUGUGUUGGUGGCCACAAGGACGUAGUUAAGGCAUUACUUGAAGCUGGUGCGAAUGUAGAUGGUCGUAAUGAAAAAGGGGAUACACCAUUGAUGAAAGCAUGUGCUAUUGGCCUCGAAGACAUAGUUAAGGCAUUACUCGAAGCUGGUGCGAAUGUAGAUCAUCAUAAUGAAAAUGGGUAUACACCAUUGAUGUACGGAUGUGCUGGUGGCUACGAGGACGUAGUUAAGGCAUUACUUAAAGCUGGUGCGAAUGUAGAAGAUCAUAAUAAAAAUGGACUUACACCAUUGAUGGUAGCAGCAAUUGCUGGCCGUGUGCCAGUAGCUAAAAUCUUAGUAGAAUACGGUGCCAGCAUUAAUACUCAUUCGGAUGAAUUAAAAGAAUCGGCAUUAACACUCGCGUGUUACAGAGGCCACCUUGAUAUGGUAAGAUUUUUGUUGGAAGCAGGUGCUGAUCUAGAGCACAAGACCGAUAAAAUGCAUACCACGCUGAUGAUAGCAUCGAUUGCCGGUUAUGUAGAAGUAGCCCGACUGUUGUUGGACUCAGGUGCCCAAGUUGGUAUGUCGACUGAUGCUUUUGAAUCGCCGUUAAUACUGGCUGUGUGUGCUGGUCAUGUUGAUUUAGCGAUGCUUUUAAUCGAACGUGGAGCAAACAUCGAGGAAGUUAAUAACGAUGGUUAUACACCAUUGAUGAAAGCUGCAAGUAAAGGUCGACUGGAUCUUGUACGUUAUCUCCUUGAGUCUGGUGCAGAUGUUCAUGCUCAGACUGAAUGCGGUUGCACAGCACUUACCUUUGCGUGUAAGGAAGGUCACACAGAUGUCGCAGAUCUUCUACUUCAAUCUGGGGUUGAUUUAGAGCAAGCAUCUAGUGGUGGAAGAAAACUUCUAAUGGAAGCCUGUCGAGCUGGGUAUCUGUGCACCGUGCAAUUCUUAAUAUUUAAAAUGGCCAGUGUUAAUUGUGAUACGACCUGCAACGAUCAUACGCCGUUAUUGCUUGCUCAGUCUGCCGAUUCAUUCCCUAAACUCAAGGACAUCUCAACUAUGCUGAUUGAGGCAGCCUGGGGUGGACACACCAGUGUUGUUAAACUAUUACUUGACUAUCCUCAUAGCAUUAUGAUGAAUGCUCAGCAUAAUGUUGCUACCCUUGCCCCUGCAGGUGCGCAGGUCACUACAGAUCCAGCUCCAAGUACUUAUCCACCGGGAAAUCAGAAUCAGCAAUUUGCUUGUGUGGAUGUUAAUUCAAAAACAGAUUAUAAUCAUGACACGGCAUUAACGAUUGCAUGUGAUGGUGGUCACGAGGAACUCGUUGAAUUUCUACUCAGUCGUGGUGCGGACAUUGAACAUCAUAAUAAAAAAGGUUUUACACCAUUAAUAUUAGCAGCAGCUGCUGGACAUAAAAAAGUUGUUGAAAUACUUUUACAUCACAAAGCAGACAUUGAAGCGCAGUCUGAACUCACUAAAGAUACACCAUUGUCAGUUGCUUGCAGUGGUGGAAGAUUUGAGGUUGUAGAACUAUUACUGUCUCGUAACGCCAACAAAGAACAUCGCAAUGUAUCUGACUAUACACCACUGAGUUUAGCUGCAUCUGGUGGUUAUGUUGAUAUAAUGAAACUUUUGCUGCAGAAUGGUGCUGAAAUAAAUUCACAAACAGUUUCAAAACUUGGAAUAUCACUGAUGCUUGCUGCUGAGAACGGUCAUACUCAGGCAGUUGAAUUACUUUUGGAUAUGGGUAGUGAUAUUGUUGCGCAGAUUGAAUCAAAUCGUAAUUCUGCUUUAACUCUUGCUUGCUUCCAAGGUAGACAUGAAGUUGUAAGUCUGUUACUUGAUCGUAAAGCAAAUGUUGAGCAUCGAUCGAAAACAGGAUUAACACCAUUAAUGGAAGCCGCCAAUGGUGGUUACGUUGAAGUUGCUCGUGUUUUAUUAGCUAAAGGCGCGGAUGUUAAUGCAGCUCCUGUACCCUCGUCGGGUGAUACUGCCCUUACUAUUGCCGCCGACAAGGGUCACUGCAGUUUUGUUAAAUUUUUAUUAACACAUGGUACCUUAGUUGAAGUUAAAAAUAUAAAAGGUCAGAGUGCGUUGUGGCUCGCUGCGAACGGCGGUCAUCUUAAUGUUGUUAAACUUUUACACAAUGCCCAUGCUGACAUUGAUUCACAAGACAAUCGUGAAGUGUCUUGUUUAAUGGCAGCGUUUUGUAAAGGACAUACUAACGUUGUUGAAUGGAUGGUUGGUCAUGUAACGCAAUUUCCAAGUGAUCAAGAGAUUGCAAAGUAUAUUGAUACUGUUAGUGACAUAGAACUAUUAAAAAAGUGUCAAGAGUGCUUGAAAAUAAUAUCCGCUGCCAUUAAAAUUAAAAUUUAUAAAAUAUGAUUUGAAUGUAAGUGUUUAUUAAAAUUUACACUCUCAAAUCAAAUCUUUUGUUUAUUUCUUUUGGAAUUCUUUAAAAGAAUCUAAAUACAGUCAAAUUUUUUUUUUUAUUAGUCUAAUGUAUAAGUAGCAAGCGCAUAUGAAAAAUUUAUAUUAUUAUGUACAAGGUUAAAUAUAUUUGUG